CUUAAAGUUGAUUUUUUUUCAAAAGAAAGUACACUAGCAUCUCAGGAGCUGCCUUCGAACACCUGACUUCACAAGCUUCUCAUACUUACAAACAUAAUGUGUGACCAAUGGAAGGAAGAAUUUGAAUAUGCCGUUCAAGUGGCAAGAGCAGCUGGAGCGGUAAUUAGGAAAGCAGGAGAAUGUGAAAUAAAGGUCCAGACAAAGAGCUGUGCUGUCGACCUCGUCACCCAGACUGACGAUAGGGUGGAGAAAAUCAUCAUCGGGUCUCUUAAAGAACAAUUUGGAGAAGGCACACACUGUUUCAUUGGAGAAGAGUCAGUCUCUAAGGGGAAGCCGUGUGUCUUCACUGAUAAACCUACAUGGAUCAUAGACCCUGUGGACGGCACCACAAACUUCGUGCAUGGAUUCCCCUUCGUGGCUGUGUCUAUCGCCUUUGCUGUUAACAAGAAGUUGGAGUUUGGUGUGGUGUACAGCUGCAUAGAAGACAAGAUGUAUAAAGCGAGGAAGGGGCAUGGAGCUUUCUGCGAUGAUGAACAGAUUCAGGUGUCCGAUGUAAAAGACAUCAAUAAAUCCAUUAUCAUCUCUGAGCAUGGAACUGACAGGAGCCCAGAGAAGGUAAGCAAGAUCUUCUCCACCAUGCAGAAGAUCCUCCGCAUCCCAGUGCACGGGCUCCGUGGGUCAGGGACAGCUGCCACUAACAUGUGUCUGGUGGCGUGUGGGGCGUCGGAGGCCUUCUUUGAGAUUGGGAUCCACUGCUGGGACAUCGCUGCCGGAGUGGUAAUAGUCAGAGAAGCCGGAGGAAUACUCCUGGAUGUUGAUGGGGGGGAGUUCGAUUUGAUGUCUCGAAGGAUGGUUUCAGCAAACAACAAGACUAUUGCUGAUCGGAUCAUCAAGGAAAUUGAAAUAUUCGAAGUGGUGAGGGACGACGCAGAAAUCUGAACAACCAACUGCAUUUUAAAAUGAUAACAAGAGGAAAAUUCCAUGUCCUUAAUAAAGUUACUGUGUUGUAAUCACCACUCUUUUUGUUUGCAUACUGCGUGUUUCAUGGGCUGCACAUUUCUUUAACCAAAGGAAAUCACCAAUUCAAGUGGCCUCCAGGUUACAUUGUAUUACCCUUCUGUGAUUUUCUAUGAUCAAAUAAAUUGAUUGAAUGUGGAAACAACUGGAA